AUGCGUGUUCUGCAAGGCAUUUGCACACGGGAACAAGGCGUGCCUUUAGAGUCGUCGCAAAAUUCGCCUUUGGAUGAGCGUGUGGGGAGGUAUGAGAGCGAGAGCAACGGCCGCGCAUGCCCCGCGCACGACGAGGGCGGCGCGUACGAUGCUUUGGAAUCGGAUUAUCCCAAGGGCGCCCACCGCGGCAACACGCAAGACGACUGCGGCACGGACGACGGGUGGUUGCCUCGGUGCCAAGGCAUCCGGAGUGGUUCGGCGCCGAACCAGAGGAUUAAGAGACGCAGCAUGGCAGAGCGGCGAAGGAGGGAAAGGAUUAGUGAGGGGCUGCAGAGGCUGAGGGCGAAGGUGAGAGGGCGCGGAGACACGUGCUCUAUGCUGGAUAGAGCCGUGGGUUAUGUUGAUGCUCUGGAAAGACGGGUGGUGGAGUUGGAGAAGGUGACCGGUAUCAUGACUGCUGCUGUUGGUUCUGGGAAGAACGUUUUCCUCGGUCCUGCGUUUGCCGGUGGUGCUUUCGCCGGAAAAGCUUUUACUAAUGAUGCCGUGGCGCUGAGGGCUCUACCGGCUGCGCUGGCAUCGGCCCCUACUAGCCUUGGGAGUGAAGAUGUUGUGUGCUGGCCUUGGGAGUGA